ACUGACAGAACCUGAAGAACAGGGCUGGUGUAGAACUGCUGGCAGAUCAGCCAAUCAAACCUCAGUGGAAUAAUGCUGCCCCCUGCAAGAAGUGCUGUUUGAUUAUCAGGUGUGUCUAACAGGAAGAGCGAAGUAAAGCUCCUCACAGGUAAAGCUUUAGUUACAUCGUGGACCUUUUAAAAAGAUUCUAAUGUAUGUUUUCCAGAAAUUAAUGAAUUUCAGAAAAAAAUGUAUUGGAGGGAAUAACAAUGCAAGACUGAGAAGAAGAACAGAGAUUUGAGAGGAGGUUUAAAGAGGCUUUUUCACCUACCGUUUGAGUAACAGCAGUAAGGGAAACUGAAACUUAAGCUACUGGAUUUAGCAGAAAUCAUUCCUGAGUUCAGAACAGACUGAGACAGAAUGGCGUCUGGAUCUUCUUCUCGCAGGAAACGAUUUAAGCAAGAACCUCCUCGUAACCUGUCCCUGGGGAAAGCAGCAUCUGAAGUGCUCUGCAGUCAGCACAGUGAGAAACUCAAACUCUUCUGUUUGGAUGAUCAAAUACCCAUCUGCCUUGUCUGCCAAACUUCAAAAAAACAUGAAAACCACAAAAUGCGACCAGUUCAGGAGGCUGUGGAAGAGUAUAAGGAGAAACUCAGGACUGCACUGGUUCCACUGCAGGAGAAGCUUAAAGCCUUUCAUGAAGUGAAACUAAUCUGUGAUCAAACAGCAGAGCACAUCAAGAGCCAGGCCCAGCACACAGAGAGGCAGAUAAAGAUGGAGUUUGAGAAACUUCAGCAGUUCCUAAAAGAUGAAGAGGCAGAUAGGAUCACUGCACUGAGGGAGGAAGAGGAGCAGAAAAGUCAGAUGAUGAAGGAAAAGAUUGAGAAGAUGACAGAAGAGAUAUCAUCCCUUUCAGAACAAAUCAGAGCCAUAGAACAGGAGCUGGGGGCUGAAGACGUCUCAUUUCUGCAGAGCUACAAAGAUGUGGAGAAACGAGCCCAGUGCACACUGGCGGAUCCAGAGAAGGUCUCUGGAGCGCUGAUUGAUGUGGCCAAACACCUGGGCAAUCUGAAGUACAGAGUGUGGGAGAAGAUGCUGGGGACUGUUCAAUACAGUGAGUACUGGGGGCAGGGAGCUCCACAUUGUCACUGUACAGGGGGAAUCUUCAGCAUCCUUUCCACAAGCUGAUAAAGCCAGUCAGAGUCAUAUUGGUCCUGUCUGUAUAAGAGCCCUGUGUAAGCAGUAAUUCUGAAAGAAAUAUGUCAAAGAAGGAGUUUGGCUUAGUUGUGCAGAGCCAAAUAAGAAUGUUGUGGCAAGGUUAUUC